AGGGCGCUGGCCCCGUUGGCGGCGGCCGCAGCAGCUCCAGCAGCAGCUCCAGCAGCAGCUCCGUCCGGGCUCCGGGGCCCCGUUGGCGGCGCGCCUCGCCGGCUGUUAGCCAUGGCCAAUGGCAGCGGCGGCGGCGGCGGCGGCGGAGGCGGCGGCAGCAGCAGCAGCAGCAGCAGCAGCAGCGGCGGCUACUACUCGGGAGGCGGCGGCGGCGGCGGCAACGUGAGGAUGAGCAGCCCCAUCAGCGCCGGCCCGGGCGGCCAAGGCGGCGGCGGCGGUGGCGGCGGCGGCGGCGGCGGGAGCAGCCUGAACGCGGACUCGUCGUCGGCGCCGGCCAAGGCGCUCAUCAUCCCCAUGGCCAUGGAGGUGCCGUGCGACACUGGGCAGCGCAUGUGGUGGGCCUUCCUGGCCUCCUCCAUGGUCACCUUCUUCGGGGGACUCUUCAUCAUCCUCCUCUGGAGGACCCUCAAGUACCUGUGGACGGUCUGCUGCCACUGCGGGGGCAAGGAGAAGGAGGUCCAGAAGAUAACAGCCCCUGUAGAGACCCAAGCUGAUGGGGACUUAAAACCCACAGAUGAGAAAGACGAAACGGUGGCAGCAGCAGAAGUGGGCUGGAUGACCUCUGUUAAAGACUGGGCCGGAGUCAUGAUUUCAGCCCAGACCUUGACCGGCCGAGUCCUUGUUGUCUUAGUCUUCGCUCUUAGUAUUGGUGCUCUUGUAAUAUACUUCAUAGAUUCGUCAAACCCAAUAGAAUCUUGCCAGAAUUUCUAUAAAGAUUUCACGUUACAGAUUGACAUGGCUUUCAACGUGUUCUUCCUACUCUACUUUGGCUUGCGGUUCAUAGCAGCCAACGACAAGUUGUGGUUCUGGCUCGAAGUAAACUCAGUGGUAGAUUUCUUCACGGUCCCUCCAGUGUUCGUUUCAGUGUAUUUAAACAGAAGUUGGCUGGGUUUAAGAUUUUUACGAGCGCUUAGGCUGAUACAGUUCUCAGAAAUUUUGCAGUUUCUGAAUAUCCUUAAAACAAGUCCUUCCAGUCACAACCUCGGAAAACAGUAUUUUGUAAUGCACAAAGUUAAAGAGAGGGAGAAGGCCAUGUUUGCCAGCUACGUCCCUGAAAUCAUAGAGUUAAUAGGAAACCGCAAGAAAUAUGGUGGUUCCUAUAGUGCGGUUAGUGGAAGAAAGCACAUUGUUGUCUGUGGCCACAUCACAUUGGAAAGUGUCUCCAAUUUCCUGAAGGACUUCCUACACAAGGACAGGGAUGAUGUCAACGUAGAGAUCGUCUUUCUGCAUAAUAUCUCCCCUAACCUUGAGUUGGAAGCUCUUUUCAAACGACACUUCACUCAGGUGGAAUUUUUUCAGGGUUCAGUUCUCAAUCCGCACGAUCUGGCCAGAGUCAAGAUAGAGUCAGCAGACGCGUGCCUAAUCCUUGCCAACAAAUACUGCCCGGACCCAGAUGCGGAAGAUGCCUCCAAUAUUAUGAGAGUAAUUUCCAUAAAGAAUUACCAUCCAAAAAUAAGAAUAAUCACACAGAUGCUGCAGUAUCACAACAAGGCCCAUCUGCUCAAUAUCCCGAGCUGGAACUGGAAGGAGGGGGAUGACGCGAUAUGUCUGGCGGAGCUGAAACUGGGCUUCAUCGCCCAGAGUUGCUUGGCCCCGGGCCUAUCGACCAUGCUGGCCAACCUCUUCUCCAUGAGGUCGUUCAUAAAGAUUGAGGAGGAUACGUGGCAGAAAUACUACCUGGAAGGGGUUGCGAAUGAAAUGUACACAGAGUAUCUUUCUAGUGCCUUCGUCGGUUUGUCCUUCCCUGCUGUUUGUGAACUGGUCUUUGCGAAGCUGAGGCUCUUAAUGAUAGCCAUAGAAUACAAGUCGGAAAAACGGGAAAGCAGAAGCCGAAAGCGUAUAUUAAUCAAUCCUGGAAACCAAGUGAAGAUUCAAGAGGGUACCUUAGGAUUCUUCAUUGCAAGCGAUGCCAAAGAAGUAAAAAGGGCAUAUUUUUACUGCAAGGCCUGUCAUGAUGACAUCACAGAUCCCAAAAGGAUAAAAAAGUGCGGCUGCAAACGACUGAUCUAUUCCCAGAUGUCCAUCUGCAAGAGACUCAAACGGGCAUGUUGUUUUGGUUGUGGACACUCUGAGCGUGGCUGCCCUUGCAUGUCAGGCCCCGGCCAUAGUCCCACGGAGACCCUUGAGAGCGCCUUCCCACUUCCUUCUGUCUCUGUUCAUGAUUGCUCCGCCACUUUACAUGCCUUUGAAGACGAGCAGCCCUCCACGCUGUCGCCUAAAAAGAAGCAGCGAAACGGCGGCAUGAGGAACUCGCCCAACUCCUCGCCCAAGAUGAUGAGACACGACCCCUUAUUAAUACCUGGCAACGAACAAGUUGACAACAUGGAUUGCAACGUGAAAAAGUACGACUCCACGGGCAUGUUUCAUUGGUGUACGGCCAAGGAUAUUGAAAAGGUUAUUUUGACCCGAAGUGAAGCGGCCAUGACGGUGUUAAGCGGACAUGUGGUCGUUUGCAUAUUUGGGGACGUGACAUCGGCGCUGAUUGGACUGCGGAAUUUUGUGAUGCCGCUGCGUGCCAGCAACUUCCACUAUCACGAGCUCAAGCAUAUUGUGUUCGUGGGCUCUCUUGAAUACCUAAGGAGAGAAUGGGAGACCCUGCAUAACUUCCCCAAGGUCUCCAUCUUGCCCGGUACACCAUUAAGUCGAGCUGAUUUAAGGGCUGUCAACAUCAACCUCUGCGACAUGUGCGUAAUCCUGUCAGCCAAUCAGAAUAAUAUUGAUGAUUCCUCGCUGCAGGACAAGGAAUGCAUCUUGGCGUCACUCAACAUCAAGUCUAUGCAGUUUGAUGACAGCAUCGGGGUCUUGCAGGCUAAUUCCCAAGGGUUUACCCCACCGGGAAUGGACCGGUCAUCCCCAGAUAACAGCCCAGUCCAUGGGCUCCUACGGCAACCCUCCAUCACAACAGGGGUUAAUAUGCCGAUUAUAACAGAGUUAGUGAAUGAUUCAAAUGUUCAGUUUUUGGACCAAGAUGACGAUGAUGACCCUGAUACGGAACUGUAUCUCACGCAACCCUUUGCAUGCGGAACUGCAUUUGCGGUCAGCGUGCUGGACUCUCUCAUGAGCGCAACAUACUUCAAUGACAAUAUUCUCACGCUGAUACGUACGCUGGUAACAGGAGGAGCCACGCCGGAGCUGGAGUCGCUGAUUGCUGAGGAGAACGCCUUGAGGGGAGGCUACAGCACGCCCCAGACCCUGGCCAACAGGGACCGGUGUCGAGUGGCUCAGCUGGCGUUGCUAGAUGGGCCUUUUGCAGACCUCGGGGAUGGCGGCUGUUACGGAGAUCUGUUUUGUAAAGCUUUGAAAACAUACAAUAUGCUUUGCUUUGGAAUAUACCGAUUGAGAGAUUUCCAUCAAAACACAUCUAGCCAAUGCACCAAGCGUUUUGUAAUAGCCAACCCACCUUACGAAUUCGAGCUCGUGCCGACGGACCUGAUCUUCUGUUUGAUGCAGUUCGACCACAACGCCGGCCAGUCGCGGGCCAGCCUCUCGCAUUCUUCCCACUCCUCCUACGCCUCCAGCAAGAAAAGCGCGUCGAUUCACUCUAUCCCCUCCACCACAAACCGACAGAACCGCGCAAAAACGAGGGACUCUCGGGAAAAGCAGAAUGCGACAAGGAUGAAUAGGAUGGGCCAAGGUAUGACAAUCGAUGGUUCUGCAUGAGCUUAGAAACACCUGCUGUGGGGUUUCCUUCUAUAACUUUUGUCCUCGUGAAAACUUGUGACACAUUAAAAACCAAGUUACCAAACUUGA